GUACCUAAAGUAGCUACGUAAAGUACCCGUAUAUACCUUAAUAUUUUGUGAUACCCAAUAAUCCGUGAUGUAUGAAGGAAUUUUUAUUUUUGGCUCUAAAUUGUUCGAAAAAACACAAAGUGAUGCCGUUUCAUCAUUGCCGCUUGAGCUCUCUUGGAAAAUAUUCUUAUAUUUGGACGACUCAUCUUUACGUAACGCCAGUCAUGCAAAUAAAAUAUGGAGUAGAAUCAUAAUGGCUCAUAGGAAGCUGAGAAGUCGGCUGAAUCAGUUUGAACUAGCUCUAAAGUUGGGUUCAAAGAAAUUAGCGAGAUUUUAUAAGUCGAAUAAAAGGCUUUUGAAAAAGUUGUCUAAGAAGAAUUAUUUGCCUACUGGAGAAAACAUGGUGGAAUCAACGAAAAAAACUGAUAAAGCGAAAAGGGGCGGUGAAGAUAUACUAAUCCAUACUAAGAGAUUCAAAUUAUGAGCUUAUGUACCUAGGUACUUUUUUAAUACCUAAUACUUAACAGUUAAUACACCAAAAUAAUUUCAAGAUUUCGACUAUGAAUCGUCUCUACGGGUAUCCUCGCCUACGACAAGAACACAUUCAUAUCACAUGCCACCGUCAACGUGACAGAAGGCGGUCUCGGCUUCAACUACGUGACACUGCGUAUGGCGAGCGACUCUGG